AUGCCUUUUUUUCCGAUGGCCCAGCAUGCAUAGCGCUCAUCACAUCUCUUCCUUGUUACGAAUUGCUGGACAAGCUGGUUACAUUCCGUCUACUUCCUCGUUUAUUUUUUUUUUUUUAUCUUACACAGAGGGAAAACACAUCGUUUAAUUUCUGAAAGUCUGCCUCCACAAUUUUCUUUUCGGUUGUUUGAGGCGUUUCUACAAGAUGUCCAAGCCGCCACCCAAGCCAGCGAAACCAGGACAGGUCAAAGUAUUCAGAGCCCUGUUUACAUUUGAACCAAGAACUCCUGAUGAAUUGUAUUUUGAAGAAGGAGACAUAUUGUACAUUUCCGAUACGAGUGAUAGCAACUGGUGGAAAGGGACCUGUAAAGGCAGGACGGGGCUAAUUCCAAGCAAUUAUGUUGCAGAGCAGGCAGAAACAAUAGACAAUCCAAUGCACGAAGCUGCCAAAAGAGGUAACCUGAGCUGGUUAAGAGAAUGCUUGGAUAACGGAGUUGGCAUCAAUGGUCUUGACAAAGCUGGAAAUACUGCUCUUUAUUGGGGGUGUCACGGUGGGCACAAAGAUGUAGUAGAGGUGUUACUUGGACAAGCUAAUAUCGAACUUAAUCAACAGAAUAAGCUUGGAGACACACCUUUGCACGCUGCUGCUUGGAAGGGCUACUCGGAUAUUGUAGAGAUGUUGCUCAAUAAAGGUCCAAGAACAGAUAUAUUAAAUAAUGAGAAGAAACUGGCCCUAGAUAUGGCUACAAAUGCACAGUGUGCAUCCCUGCUUAAAAGGAAACAAGGAUCAAAUAUCAUACGGACUGCAAGCAAUGCAGAAGAAUACUUGGAUGAUGAGGACUCUGAUUAAAUGAUAACUUUCAUGAUGUUGCUGUGUUUUAUAAACAAAUAAUGCAUUCCAAAGUUUGAAACUUUAUUUUUUUUGCUUUAAGGAACACGGUAAUUACAUUUAAAAUGCUUUUCCAAAUCUGUAUGUAAAAAAUAAUGCAUGGACCAGAUUUCUCAUCUCCAAAUUGAAGUGACUAUUAUAACAAAAAAAAAAAAAAAACUUAUACCUGUAGUGCCUUAAAAAUUUAAACUGUUUGUAUAUAUUCUUAAAAAAUUAAAUUAAAUUGUUCUAAUUAACCUUCAUUCCAUUAAUAGUCAAGCAUUUAAAAAAAUAAAUAUUUCAAACCUU